AUGUUCAUUAAAACAGAUCAUGAGUCAUGUAGCGUUAAAUAUUACAGAUAAAUAUUUGUAAUAUAUUUAUUACAGGAGGGAUGGGCUUCCGGAGGGGGUUGGCAAGGGCCAGCCAUGCUGAGCUGUCGUGGGCAUAAAGACCUGAAGGAGAGGAGGAAAGGGGCUGGGCUAAGGAACGGCACGGGCAGAGGCCUGAAAACAGGACUCAGCUUGGCUGUGUCUGAGGAGUCGUGAGACAGGGAGGUCACCGAGGGCCUCGUCUAAUUUCUCCUUUCAUCUGAGUGGAUGGAAACCUUGGAGGGUUUUGGGAAGAGCACAGAAUGAGCGGGCUGUAAGGUUACAUGGUCACUCUGGUUUGUAUUGAGAAUAACUGCAGCAGGCUCAGCAGGGGGCUCGGGUGGAAGCCGCUCUGUGUCUUGGAUUAACAAACGCAGGUUUGCUGCCCAUGCUACAGCGGUCAGCCUGGUUAUGUGCCUCCAUAACUGGCCUCGCUGCUUUUUCAUGGUGCAGGGAAAUGCUGCUUCCGGAAGCCCAUUCAUAGUCUCCUUUGUAGCCUGGAAUUGA